UUUUUCAUUAUUUCCUCAGGCACAGACGGGACGCACCUCCUCACUCAAAGGGAAUGGGAUCCUCACUGGGCUCCAAGAAAAACUUUGAUUUUUUCCGACUUUUGGCUUUGAAGAAGUUUCUUUUCAAACUACAGGGAUAGCUGUUUGGCUGCUGUCCCCCUAUGGUGCAUCAUUUUAAUUUCUGUUUCUGUUUCUGAAAUUGUGGAAGCAAGUGCAGUUUGUUUUAUGUUGUUUUUUAACUACAUAUAUAUAUUUUUUUUUAUCCAUAACUUGCACAUAAGCUACAUUGUCGUAAAUACAGGACUACAAGACCGUGAGAGUCUGAACAGUCAUGGCAAAGUGGUUUAAAGAUUUCCCCAUUAACUUGAAGAAUGGCAAUGAACGUGCACGCUCUGCCUCUGAGUCCGGCCCGCAGACCAGAUCUAAACCCUCUUUUUCGCGGGAUAGUUUAAAAGGCAAUCCCAGAAAAGAUGGAGGGGUUGGGGGUCUUCUAGCUGGAAGAAACAGGAAAAACUCAGCCAUAGAGUUGGGUCGUAAUAACGCAGGGUCCGGGGGAACUGUAUGGGAUAGUUUGACUUCGGGGAAAAGUCGGAAAACCUCCAGGAUUGAAGCAGGGACGUCACCAGAGGAGCAGCGCCAGGUGAGGAGCUCGAGUCUGGCUCAAGCCUACAUAAGCAGAAUGAUCAAAGUGGACAAACAGCAAGACAAGACGCCCAAACUCACAGGAAAGAGUGAGAAACAAAACCUGCCUGAAAAUGACAAGGGAAGAACAGAUAUUAAAACUACGCUAAUUAUUCUGGAGGACUACGCCGAUCCUUUUGAUGCAGAGAAAACCAAAGAACAAAGAGAAGCGGAGAGAGCGGGAGUCAAUGAUGGAUACAUGGAGCCGUAUGAUGCACAGGUUAUUAUCACAGAAGUGCGCAGACGCGGUUCCAAGGAUCUGCUCAAAGUUUGUGUUUUGGUGGACCGGGGUCAGACUGAGGGAAAGCAUGAGGAGGGGUCACCCACAGCCCUGAACAUCUACGACACUCCGUACGAGGGUCCGAACGAGGGCGGUCCAGACGCAGACAGUGAGGGCGUGUGGAUCCCUGUCUCGCGCCCUGAGUCGGAUGUGCGUCCUGCAGGAGAGUACGAGCUGCCCUGGGAGUGGAGGAAGGAGGAUAUUGUUCGAGCCCUGUCAGCUCAAUUUGAGGCAGUGGAUUGUUCAGCCAGCAAAGAAAACAGCGCCACCACCAGACCGAGACAGAAGAACUGGACCAAGACUCUUGUAUCUUCGACUCCCUCUUUCCCCUCCUCACCGAUCCUCAAACUCUCCCCGCUCACUCCUCCCUCCUCCUCCUCCUCCUCUUUCUCUACUCUGAAACCUCUGCCCCUCUCUCCGUCCUCCAGCCCAAACAAACUGUCCCCCCCUUCACCCUCUUCACCUGGGAGCCCACUAGAGGGAGACGCAGCCCGAGUGGACCCCAGCCUGCCCCUGGAGAAGCAGAGCUGGUACCAUGGCAGCGUGACCCGGCAGCAGGCGGAGGCUCAGCUGCAGCGCUGCAGGGAGGCCAGCUUCCUGGUGAGAGACAGCGAAUCAGGGACCAGCAAAUACUCCAUCGCUCUGAAGACCAGCCACAGUUGUGUACACAUCAUUGUGGCACAGACUAAAACCUGCAAGGGCUUGGUCUACACGCUGGAUCAGAGUAGCUGUGUGUUCUCCUCCAUCCCUGAGCUGGUACAUCACUACUGCAUACAUAGACUGCCUUUUAACGGAGCCGAUCACAUGACCCUGCAGCAUCCGGUUUCCAAGCAACAAUAAACAUGGACAGAGCUGAACUGACAGGAAGAGGCAAGCACAAUCACGAGAUACAAGAGCACAAAUUUGCACACUUGUAAAAACUGUGUACAUAGAAAACACACUUAAUCAGAGAGACACUGCUUUAGGAUGGGUGAUGUGAAAUGUAGAUGUCAAAGAAAACCAUUUAUAUUUUGUGGUUUAUUUAAAUAGUGUCCUUUGCUCUUAUAAUAAAUGAAAUAAAUAAAAGUAAAUCACAUGCAUUUUUGCUGACUAAAACUAUCACCAAAAGGAGAUGCUUUUGCCAAAUAGUAAAAUCUCAACAUAAAUAAACAUGAAAAAGUGGAGACUACAUCCAAGUUACACUUUUCAGUCCCAACAAAUUCAACAAACCCAACAUCCCAUGAAGCAAUGACAUACAGUUUAUCGUGGUUAAGAUAAAAAUGUAUAAAUGUCAAUAUAAAUACUAAUAAAACAUGACAUUUUUGUUGACUAAACUAAAACUGAAGAUAGUGAGGUACAGAAAUUAGCCAAAGAAAAGAAAUAGUUUGAGAGAAGAGUUAAAGAGACAAUUUUGUUAGGAAAGACAAUCCAUCUUUAAUCAGGAAUGGGGGGCUUAGACGUUUAUCUCCUAUGUAUAACUCCAUCCUCAGGCCUAAAUCAAAACAAGGGAAACAAUAGUGAUAGCCAGGAUGCUAAUAGGUGUGAGAGCAUUCAUUAAGAACCUGAACCAUUAUGCAAAAUAUGAUUCUUACUGCAUACAAAUCUGUGUGUUAGUUUCAGUGUAGUUAGCUCCUCCCUUCAGAUAAAUAAAAGUCAGUAUCCACCAGCAAUCUGACCAGAACUGAUGAAGAUGAGCAGCGAAAUGUCUUCACUCUAAAAUUUUGUCCAAUUGACAGAAUUGAAUUUUCCUUUUACUAUACAACUAAAGAGAAUACUUUACUGAAACUACAUCAAAUUUACUGUCAAUGCUAAAGUAAAUGUAUUCUAUCUGACCCAGGUUUGGCAUUAUUUGAAAGCUUUAUGACCUCUGGAGAAGACAUCUUUACACAGCUGCUGAUAUCAACAAUUACCAACAUGGCACUUAGAGUGGGAGUCCAGUCUGUGCGAUCAAUACACCUGAUUGGAGUAUAUUCUUUCGUCAAUCCGUCCUGUCAAUCACACUAUUGAUCUGUACAGAAAAUCAUGCUCAUUUACCCAGUGUCAGUCAAGUGAAAGGUGGUAUUGAUCCUAUAACUAGUACUGUACUGUGGUGGGAGGAGGAGCAAACAUUAUGCUGCUGGGUCAGCAAAAAGCCUGUGCAUAAAAUUGCCACAAAACGUCAGUAUUAUAAAUGUUAUGAGGCUUUUUCAAUUACAAUUGCCCAAGACAAAUAAUAAUAAAAAAACAAAAAGCAAAAAAAACAAUUCUGUGCAGAACAAAGAUUAUUAUACUUCCCAAACAGAGGUGGAUGAUAGAAAGAUGUUAUCAGUAUUGUGGUUCUGAAAUUAGAACAUUGAGUGAUUCUCUUAAUGAGUUUCAGCAUCCUGUUAUAUGCAACAUUUUGCAGACUUUUUCCCAUUAAAAAUGUUAAUCGCUAUAGCAACUGUCCUAAUUUUUCAUCAUUCUGAAACCCAGAGAUAAUGUGAAAAUUGAAAAAAAAGCAAAAAACAUAAACAUGCAGUGUAAUCUUCUAUUCAAGGGUUUCAAUUUCCUGUUUAUAUCCGAGUCCUUUCCACAUUCAAGAAAGACAAUAGUGUGUUUCGAAUUGUUAAUUGCUAUGGCGACACUACUAAUUUGCCAUCACUAGUCUGAACCCUACACUUGUAUGCUGAAAUGUAUGUAAAAGAUGACUGAAGUGGUAUGACGUUUUAGUAUAAUGGAUUGCCGUAUUACUUUUCCUUAAAUAAAGUGU